CGCAGAUGUCGCGGUAUCAAAGGGUUGAGCCAGAAGCCCUUAGAGAAGCCGGACAGGGUUUUUAUGUUCGUUCAGUUGACACUUGAUUGCUUCGAAGCUGGAAAGCUCUGGACACACUAACAGAGACGGUAGGGCGGCUGUGAACCCGACCGACCACAAACGAUUGCAAAUCGUGCCGCGAUCUGUCGGACGCCUCCUGUGCGCGUCGAGUACGCAGAUUGACGGACCACUGGAGAAACGAUGACGUCGGGACGCCGUUCGGUGCAAGGACGGAUGCGAUCCCCCACCUUGAUUAAUGUGUCGACCUCAUGAAUAUCAGACCGGAGUGAUGAGCUCCCAAUCUCGUUGGACGUUCGACUCGGCGAGUCUCUGUCCGUCGGUCGAGGAUCCGACCUCCUUCGAAUUGGAAGCCAGAAGCGGACAACAGUCGUUUCACGAACUCCAAGAACGAUUGGCUACGGUGAAAUUUCUUGCGUACGGAGUCGUUGCGAUCUUCAUCAUCGUUCUGGGCUUCAUCGGUAACGUGAUAAACCUGAUCGUGUUGACACGGCCCAACCUCAAAGGAGUAACUUAUGUCUAUCUCACGUGGUUGGCAACGUUCGACCUACUGUCUCUGAUUUUCGCCCUGUUUUCGGUUUUGAGACUUCACGGAAUACAACCAAAGAGCUACACGGCUGCAUUCUUCUACGCCCACCUGGAAAUGCCUCUUGUGAACUCAGCCAUGACCAGCAGCAUCUACAUCGUUCUAGCCGUGACUCUCGAUCGAUACUGGUCCGUCUGUCUGCCGUGCCGUUACAAAGACAUCCACACAGAAAGAUGCGCGCAUCGCGCGAUCUUCAUGUCGUUUCUUCUGCCACUGAUCCUCUAUAUACCGGUGGCGUUCCAAAAAGAACCCACUCGAAUCAUCAAUCCGUACAAUGGCCAAGAGGAGUGGGUCCCGUGUGACAGACCCGCGGUGGCACAGCACCCAAUCUAUCGCUUGUAUCUCAUAAUGAAAGAAGUGAUCGUGCGCUUCGGUCCCGUCAUAGCGAUCGCUGUGCUGAACACAACAAUAAUUCUCACGUUCAGAAAACUGCAAAAGAAGCGAAAGAGUCUGAUGGGCUCGUCCGAAAGUCGGCGCUUCGCUGAAGAGCGGCGUUUGGUGAUUCUCCUGGCGUCGAUUGUCAUCAUGUUCUGUGUUUGUAUGACUCCGGCCGCGAUAAACACUCUCCUCAACGGUGACCGCCUCGAUAAUAAUUACACCUAUCAGGUGUUCCGGGCAUUCGCGAACGACAUGGAGAUCACCAAUUUCGCCACGAAUUUCUACGUGUACUGCCUGUGUUCGACGGAAAUCCGGAAAACAUUCAUCCGUGUGUUCAUUGAUCCGUUGAGUUUGCCGUUCUGCUGGCUGGCAGCCCCCCUUCCAGCAGAACAACCCCUAGUCAGGAUAUCGCAUCCAUGGCGAUGACACCCAGCGGCAGCAAAGCCUACGAAACUCAAACUCUGUAAAGGAAGAAUCAUUGUUGAAAAAUCGAAGAUCUUGUAGAGAAGUCGACGCGUGGAAGUCGAGGCAUGCAGAUGAGCUCGUCGGGAGAGACCCCUGUUCUCGAUGAGCUUUUGGUGGAAGCUCAGUCUUCGACGAAUCUUUCCCGAAUCUUUGCUGUGGUCAAGGUCCUCGGAAGCCGGCGUUGAAAUUUCGUGUUUGUAUAAACGUCAUCGAUCAACCAUGACCGCACUCGUGGCGUACAACGAGUAUCUUGUAUGAUUUACCGCAGAUUCGAGAUGUUGUGCAG